UGGUCACUCAGUCCCUCAACGCCAUGACCGAGGACAUUUACACCAACGGUUCGGCCAUGCUGGGCAGUCCCUCCCACGCCAACGGCCGCGAGGUGCGGAAGAUUCGGCUCGUCCAGUUCGAGAAGGUCACGGAGGAGCCCAUGGGAAUCACGCUGAAGCUGAACGACAAGCAGAGCUGCACGGUGGCCAGGAUCUUCCACGGGGGCAUGAUCCACCGGCAAGGCUCCCUUCACGUGGGCGAUGAAAUCAUAGAAAUCAAUGGGCAGAGUGUGAGCAACCACUCGGUUGACCAGCUGCAGAAGAUGCUGAAAGAAACCAAGGGGACGGUCUCAAUAAAAGUCAUUCCCAACCAGCAAAGCCGCCUUCCUGCUCUCCAGAUGUUCAUGAGGGCCCAGUUCGACUACGACCCCAAGAAGGACACCCUGAUCCCCUGCAAGGAGGCAGGGCUCAAGUUCCAGACGGGCGACGUCAUCCAGAUCAUCAACAAGGACGACAGCAACUGGUGGCAGGGCCGCGUGGAGGGGUCCUGUACUGAGGCGGCCGGCCUCAUCCCCUCUCCGGAGCUGCAGGAAUGGCGCGUGGCGAGUGUCACCCAGUCGAGCCAGAGCGAAGCCCAGAGCUGCAGCCCCUUCGGGAAGAAAAAGAAGUGCAAAGAUAAAUACCUGGCCAAGCACAGCUCAAUUUUUGACCAGCUGGAUGUGGUGUCCUACGAGGAGGUGGUGAGGCUGCCCGCCUUCAAGAGGAAGACGCUGGUGCUCAUAGGGGCCAGCGGCGUGGGACGCAGCCACAUUAAGAACGCCCUGCUCAGCAACAACCCCGAGAAGUUCAUGUACCCGGCGCCGUACACCACGCGUCCGCAGAAGAAGAACGAGGUGGACGGGAAGGACUACUACUUUGUCUCCACGGAGGAGAUGACCCGGGACAUCUCGGCCAACGAGUUCCUGGAGUUCGGAAGCUACCAAGGCAACAUGUUUGGCACUAAGUUCGAGACCGUGCACAAGAUCCACCAGCAGGACAAAGUUGCCAUUCUGGACAUCGAGCCCCAGACCCUCAAGAUUGUGCGCACGGCCGAGCUCUCCCCGUUCAUCGUCUUCAUUGCCCCCACGGACAAGGCGGAGCAGCAGGAGGCUCUGCAGCAGCUCCGCAAGGACUCGGAGAGCAUCCGCAGCCGCUACGCGCACUACUUCGACCUGUCGCUGGUCAACAACGGCGUGGACGAGAGCCUGCGGCUGCUGCAGGACGCCUUCGAGCAGGCGUGCAGCUCCCCGCAGUGGGUGCCCGUGUCCUGGGUGUACUGAGCGCGCCCGCGCUCAGCCGCUUCCCCCCGGCCAACCUGCAGGAACGAGGGGAAGAGCAGCCUCCUCCUCCUCGGCUCCCCCGUCCAUAGCGCCCCGCACAUCUCCCUGCCUCCAUUCCAUGGAC